CAAUGGGAAGCCAGGAAGCUCAUACUGUCCGUGUGAUUCCACAGAAGGAAGCGUUACCAAACACUUUAACAAAGUUUUAAGUGUUCAGAGAAUGGCGGACAAGACUGUGGAUGGAGGUCAAUGGACGGGAUGCGCAGUCAUGUUUCUGCAGUCGCUGUGUCCCGGUGUGAACCUGCUCUCUCUCUACAAAGACCCACAGGGAAAGUUCAUCAUUUUCAAAGUCAUCAAGCUGACACUUACAGACUCUGCUGGAGGCCUGGGUACAUUUGAGAUCCUAAAGGUCCAUGAUGCGGAUCCCUUCCUGGGGGUGGAGGUCAAGUUUGUGAAUGUGGCAGCAUGUCAUCAGUUCCUGGAGAGCUACAGCUCUGGAGCGGUGAGGCAGUAUCUCUGCCAGCACGCCUGCCGGCUGCUCGCUCUGUCCCAGGAGUUAACUGUGGAAACCCAGCUCAAGGCAGGCACUCAUACUCUGGAUCGGUGUCUGGACAAGCUGGAUCUUUGCCUACAGCACAUCCACCUGUCACAGCCGGAGCGCCUGCGCGAUGAGGAGAUCGAUGAGCUCGAGCAGCAGCUGCAGAGUCAGGCCCGCGGUCCUGCCUCACAGUCCGUCACCAUCAUGCAGGAAGAGUCUCCCGUUCCCAGCAACUGCUUCAAGUUUCAGAACAGAGUGUUUGAGGACCGAAUGCUGACAGCGGCAGAUGUGCAGAGCUUUUCUAACGGAGUGGGCCGUCAGUGGAAGCACGUAGGGAGGGCCUUGGGGAAGAACUGCCGCGCUCUGAAGGGCCCGGCCAUAGACAACCUGGCCUACGAGUACGAGAGAGAAGGGCUGUAUGAGCAAGCCUAUCAGCUUCUCAGCCGCUUCAUCCAGGCGGAGGGGAGGGCGGCCAAGCUGAGCCGACUGGUCAAAGCACUGGAGGACUGCAAACUCACGAGCCUGGCUGAAAAUAUUCUGGACCUGCAGCCGCGAGAGUAACUCUGAGUCUGAGCUGUGAAAACAGAGAAGGGGGGGCGGAGUCCUCUCUGUGCAAGGAGCAGCGACUUUGUCCUCCCUGCUUAUGUUAUACACACAGUGUGUUUGUUCUUCACGUCUGUCAUCGACAGCAUCCCAUCCUUCAAAUCAUCCCCCGUGUGUGCGUGCGUGUAGGAGUGUGUGUGGGAGUGUGUGCGUAUAUUGAAUGAUUCAUGUCUUUGCUUUUCAAUUAUUAGUAUUAUUGAUAAUUGUUUUCAUUUAGUUGAAUGAUCUGUCAUCACUUUUUUAAAAAAUGCUGUCAUGAGUUUAAUGCACUGUUUAAACCGUUGUCAUCAUGUUUCUCCUUUUAAAGUCAAUUUACAGAUGGAA